CUACAACUUCUUCUACUUGCAAAUUGGAUUUUAUAUUAUUUUUAUUUAUUUAUUCCCUGCUUUUUCAACCAAUUACUCCGUAAUUAAUUAAUUUUCCCCUCGGGGAUUGCAAUAUUUAUCAGUAGCUCCAUCCUUCUUUUCCCAAUCCAUUUCUCUCUCUAUAUUCCUAUAUAUUCGUCGUAUAUAUAUAGAGUCCGGAUCGAAUUUAUGAUUGGCCCAUAGCUUCUUCUUCGUCUUCGUCUCUGCUGCUGAAGAACUAAGCCAGAAGAGAGAACAACCAAAUAUGGUUGGAGAAAAGAACACCAUCUCCCUCGAGGAGAUCAAGAACGAAACUGUUGAUCUGGAGAAAAUCCCAAUAGAGGAAGUGUUCCAGCAGCUGAAAUGCAGCCGGGAGGGGCUGUCCUCGGAGGAGGGAGCCAACAGGCUUCAGAUAUUUGGCCCCAACAAGCUGGAGGAGAAGAAAGAGAGCAAAGUGCUCAAGUUCCUGGGGUUCAUGUGGAACCCGCUGUCUUGGGUCAUGGAAGCCGCGGCCAUCAUGGCCAUUGCUAUGUCCAACGGGGAUGGGCGCCCGCCCGAUUGGCAGGACUUUGUCGGCAUCAUCUGCUUGCUUGUCAUCAACUCCACCAUCAGUUUCAUUGAAGAGAACAACGCUGGUAAUGCCGCUGCUGCUCUCAUGGCUGGCCUUGCUCCUAAGACCAAGGUGCUCCGGGAUGGGCGAUGGAGUGAACAGGAGGCUGCAAUUCUCGUCCCUGGAGACAUUGUGAGCAUCAAAUUAGGAGACAUCAUUCCUGCCGAUGCCCGUCUUCUAGAAGGGGAUCCUUUAAAGGUUGACCAGUCUGCCCUGACCGGAGAAUCUCUCCCGGCAACGAAGUAUCCCGGUGACGAAGUCUUCUCCGGUUCGACGUGCAAGCAAGGAGAGAUCGAAGCCGUCGUCAUAGCAACUGGGGUUCACACGUUCUUCGGAAAGGCGGCGCAUCUCGUCGACAGCACCAACCAGGUCGGCCACUUCCAGAAGGUUCUUACUGCCAUUGGAAAUUUCUGCAUCUGUUCGAUCGCGGUGGGGAUGCUAGCGGAGAUCAUCGUCAUGUACCCAAUCCAGCACAGGAAGUACAGGGAUGGAAUCGACAAUCUCCUCGUUCUGUUGAUCGGCGGGAUUCCGAUCGCCAUGCCGACGGUUCUGUCGGUCACGAUGGCUAUCGGGUCCCACAGGCUGUCGCAGCAGGGAGCCAUUACGAAGAGGAUGACUGCGAUUGAGGAGAUGGCCGGAAUGGACGUGCUGUGCAGUGAUAAGACUGGGACACUGACUCUGAACAAGCUGAGCGUGGACAAGAACUUGAUUGAGGUGUUUGCGAAAGGUGUGGAUAAAGAGUUUGUUCUCCUUUGCGCCGCGAGGGCUUCGAGGACUGAGAAUCAGGAUGCCAUUGAUGCUGCCAUGGUUGGGAUGCUUGCUGAUCCCAAGGAGGCACGAGCUGGUAUUAAAGAGAUCCAUUUCCUACCCUUCAAUCCUGUGGACAAGAGGACUGCCCUAACUUACAUUGAUAGUGAAGGCAAUUGGCACCGUGUUAGUAAAGGUGCCCCGGAGCAGAUUUUGCAACUGUGCAAUGCUCGGGAUGACGUCAAAAGAAAGGUUCAUUCAGUCAUUGACAAGUACGCCGAACGUGGGCUUAGGUCAUUGGCUGUGGCUACACAGGAUGUGCCUGAGAAGGUGAAAGAGAGCCCAGGAACCCCAUGGCAAUUUGUGGGGUUGCUACCCCUCUUUGAUCCUCCCAGACAUGACAGCGCUGAAACUAUUCGCAGGGCCUUAAAUCUUGGUGUUAAUGUCAAAAUGAUCACAGGUGAUCAACUUGCGAUUGGUAAGGAGACAGGACGUAGACUUGGGAUGGGAACAAACAUGUACCCGUCUUCUUCUUUACUUGGCCAAGAUAAAGAUGCUUCCAUUGCUGCUCUUCCAGUGGAGGAACUGAUUGAAAAGGCCGAUGGUUUUGCUGGAGUGUUUCCAGAGCACAAAUAUGAAAUAGUGAAGAAACUGCAAGAGAGGAAACACAUUGUUGGGAUGACAGGAGAUGGUGUGAAUGAUGCCCCUGCUCUAAAGAAGGCCGAUAUUGGAAUUGCAGUUGCUGAUGCUACUGAUGCUGCUAGGAGUGCAUCUGAUAUUGUGCUCACUGAACCAGGGCUGAGUGUUAUUAUCAGUGCUGUUUUAACUAGUAGGGCCAUUUUCCAGAGGAUGAAGAACUAUACCAUCUAUGCAGUUUCCAUCACAAUACGUAUUGUGUUCGGUUUCAUGUUUAUCGCGUUGAUAUGGAAAUAUGACUUCUCUGCAUUUAUGGUUCUUAUCAUAGCCAUUUUGAAUGAUGGGACCAUCAUGACCAUCUCAAAGGAUAGAGUAAAACCCUCUCCAUUGCCAGAUAGCUGGAAACUGAAAGAGAUUUUUGCCACCGGCAUUGUUCUUGGAGGGUAUUUGGCUUUGAUGACAGUUGUUUUCUUCUGGCUCAUACAUGACACCGACUUCUUCUCCGACAAAUUUGGGGUGAGAUCACUCAGGCAUAACGACAAGGAAAUGAUGGCGGCCCUAUACCUCCAAGUCAGUAUAGUGAGCCAAGCUCUCAUCUUUGUAACCAGAUCCCGCAGCUUUUCUUUCCUUGAACGCCCUGGAUAUCUGUUGCUCUUUGCAUUUUUGGCUGCCCAGCUGGUUGCGACAGCAAUUGCUGUGUGGGCUGACUGGGGAUUCGCGAGGAUCAAGGGUUGUGGAUGGGGAUGGGCUGGUGUCAUUUGGCUUUACAGCGUUGUUACUUAUUUCCCACUCGACGUGUUGAAGUUUGCCACUCGUUAUGCCUUGAGUGGAAAGGCAUGGCUGAACUUGCUAGAGAACAAGACUGCCUUUACCACAAAGAAGGACUAUGGAAAGGAGGAGAGGGAAGCACAAUGGGCUCAUGCCCAAAGGACUUUACAUGGACUUCAACCACCCGAGUCUUCGAAUCUCUUUACCGAAAAGAACAGCUACCGAGAGCUGUCAGAAAUUGCAGAGCAAGCAAAGCGUCGAGCCGAAGUGGCCAGGCUAAGGGAGCUUCAUACGCUCAAAGGUCAUGUUGAGUCGGUGGUGAAGCUCAAAGGAUUGGACAUUGAAACCAUUCAACAGCAUUAUACCCUUUAAAUUUAGUUUCCACAAUUUGCCAGCCAGCUUCAAGCAGUUGCAAAGCAGGCACUUCGAUAAUGACGAUUCAAGCAAACUAGAUAUACUGUAAUUUCGCAACACAAAAACGCGUCCUUGCUUAGUUAACAAGUUUUUACUGUGUCUUGUCUUCUUCUCUCUUAUAUACGGAGUAUAUAGAUAUAUGCAAUGCACCAAGUUUCAGUAAGUUGUGAUCUCAUGUAUUUUUCUUGGAUUUCUAAUGCGUUUGUUUGCAUGCAAUAUUUUAUGGCAAAUUCGAAUCCUUUUUUUGGGGAAAUAAUCUUGUCAUGUAAUAAAGCUUUUUUUUUUAUGUUGCGAAUAAACAAAUGGUUGAACC